AUGUGUUGUUUCUAUCUAUCUUUAAAAUAUACAAUAAGAAUAAAUAUAAAUAAAUCAUUUCUACCUCCACCUCUAAAGAAUAAAUAUGUAGAUAAAGUUUAUCAUACCUAUAGUAAUGGAGGAUUAGAUAAUUUGAGAUCACAAUUUGAAACUCAUUUGAAACAAUAUCAAUUUCAGCUAAAGAUUGAAGAGGCUGAGAGAAAACUAGCAACACUUGACAGAGAUCUCUCUACUUUAGCAAGUGAACGUAUGGAGUUAUCAAAUGAUUUGAAUACAUUGAAAUCGAAUCUUUCAACUAUUUCCACAUCAAACAAUACUCUAAAGCUUUGA